GUUUUAUUUCAACUUGUCUCGCAUGCAGAAUUUCCCCCAGCCGUCUCAACGACGCGUGUAACUCACGCUCCUAAUUUGUUGGCUGUUUCCUUUUCCUUCAUUGUAUUCUAUUCCACUCUACCCGUUUCCUCCUGGCAUUCCGGUUCUUCUACUUUUUCCCCCUUCCUCAAAUUGACCCCGUCGACGCCGUACUUCUCUGUAAUCAAUCAUCCCCCAAAAACCCUUUUCAAUUCUCAUGUCAGAACCCCGAAAUUUGCUCAUAUUUUCUCCCAAAUUCCCUUUAAUUCCACCGCAUGCCUGUUUUUGAUUGCUUUUUUGAUCACCGGCCGGAGCAGAAUACCCGGCUUUUUGUUUAAUCUUUUUCCUGCAAUUAGUUUUCUGGGUUUUUCAUCAAUGGAUUCAAAAGAGGAUGAUUUGUCAUUGUCGAUAUACAAACCCUCCAAUUUCACCGGUGGGUGCUUGGAAAUUCGCUUUUUCAACGUCCGAAUCGCCCCCUGUGCGGUGGAUUCCGUGCCGGAGAGCCUCACCCUGCGCCACCUCCGCCGCGAGAUCGGUGUCUCGCUGGAGAUUAACGGAAACCGUGUGCCCUCGUCGGAGACCGCGUCGAUCAGCCUCCGCCGUGACCGUGUGGACAGGGACUCGUCGGAGGUGACCUAUGUCAGCACCGACAGGGUCAGAGUUUCGGGAGCGGUUGAAUUCGAGGUGAGGGAAAAUGAGACGGAGUUGAUCCUUUGUGGGUCGUUGGAGAGAGUUGAUGAGGCGGCGUGGAUAAAUGGCAAUAACGCUCUCGAGAAUGAUCCGAAGACUGGGUGGGGAAUGGAUUGCUGCACCGCCGCGUCAAUGGUGUCCGGUGGCUCUGCGUUUUUUCAGCCCAGACUUGGGGUUUCGUCGCCAACUAUUGAGGUUUAUGUUGCCGGUUGUUGUUCAGGGAAGCCUGUGAUUCUAACCAAGACGAUUCAGAUUAGUCCGAGGAAGAAGGUACCCAGGCACGUUAUGCUGGAUGCAAUCCCAGAGGAUGAGGAAAUCGGAAAGGAGCAAAGGUCCCCGAAUGGGUUGGUUCGGCAGCGCAAAUUUCAGGGUCUUGUAAUGAGUCCUCUGGAGAAAGAACUGUGUCUAUGCCUCCUCACACAACAGAUUCAUUGGGAUUGUACUGAGAUUGGUGUAACAGAAUUGUAGAGAGAUUGCUAAGAGUCUAAGAGGCCAAAGAGGAAUCGGCAAAUCUCCAAAGCUUGUGAAGCAUUAAGGUCAAUCAAUGAUGACUGGAGAUGAAACGGACGAAUAUGAGGCUGAUAUGAAAUAUGGGAACAGUUACUACUCUGACGAAAUGUAUCCAGGGGAAGAUGGUCAACUGUCAUGGUUCAAUGCUGGUGUAAGGGUUGGUGUUGGAAUUGGCCUUGGUAUGUGUCUAGGUGUCGGAAUUGGUGUUGGUCUACUUAUGCGGUCAUAUCAAGCAACUACCAGAAAUUUCAGGAGAAGAUUCUUUUAGACGAGGUCAAUUCGCUGUUGAUCAUGAUUGUUUCUCUAUUGGAAAGUUUAGCUUAUUUCUGCACUUAAAAAGUGAUAACUGAAUCUUGCCGGGGAAGCAAAACUUAGGUUCAACCUUCCCUAAUCAUCAUGCUGAGGCCGGUGUAGAUGUAGUGAGUGUUAAGCCAAUGUUGCCCUGGAAGCUUGGAUGCUUGCUGAUCUUGCUGACACCUCGGUGUCUGGACGGAGAUUAUGUUGCAGGUGGAUCACAAAUGUGUUUGAUGUUGGAAAUCAGUAUGGUUUGGGAAGUCGGUAUAUGCUGUGUGUAGAUGUAGAGUUAACUGUUGAUUUUUGUGAUACUUGACUAGUUUGAAUUGCUCAAUAUAAGGAUGCUAGAUUUAUGGUUUUUAAUGGAAUAGAGUUUGAAUCAGCACAAGUCUUUUUGCCUUGUAUAUGAUCUGGGCUAUAGAGUGGGUAGGUAAGUGGUAUCUCAGAUGGUGUAUCCUUUAUAGUUGAAAGAAUCACAUUUGAGAGUUUUGUUAUGAACCGCUUCUUAUUUUUGUAUAUUUAAUGCCUUCUUAUUGUCAAUACUAGUUUAAACGAGUAGUCUUUAAAGUAGUUAAUCAAAGAUUUAGUAUUGUUUUCUCACAAUCAUUAUGGAUUGAUCUUUGUUUUUUCUGAUUACCAGAGACAAUUUAGAUUGUCGCAAGGUAAUAUUUUUAACUUUCUAGCUUUUAUAAGGGAGGAUGCAGUUCAAUCCUGUGUUUAAAUUGAGGGAAACUAUAGGGUCAUCUCCAUCAAUGCUUGGAGACCUGUAAUGUAUACUAGUUGAGUACUUUGUAGUGGAAUGCUGUUUCCCUCAAGAGAAUUACAAUUGACGUCUCUCCUGACUCUGCAGGAAGAGGAAAUUGUAUGAAAUUCUGCCGAACAAACAGCUCGAGAAAUUAGUACCUUCCCAUUUUGAAUGGGUGAUUCUUUAACUGUAGAUUUUUCUGUUACUUGACUGGUUUCAAUUUCUUCAAGUAUCUACAAGAUUUGUUAAUGAAAAACAGUUUGAAUCAGCACGAUUUCUUUUCCCCUUGGCUAUGAUCUGGCCUUUAGAGUAUUUGAGGUUAGCAGAUGCGUUGAAUUUGUUUCGGUGCCAUUUCCUCUACUUAGACCACAUAAUGUUGUUUUGGUGGUGCGGUAUAAUUCGA